CUACAGAACAAGACAACGCGGUCUUUGAAUUUGCUCACUCCAAGUAAUCUGCGCACGCCUUCUUUUGCUCUCUUGUCUGGUGAAAGUCGCAUAGUACUCAAGAACUGAAGCCUUUGGAUCUCCCGCUAUUCGUCAGUUUUCGCCAGCAUGGCGGACAGAUACUCCUUCUCCCUCACUACUUUCUCGCCCAGUGGCAAGCUCGUACAAAUAGAAUAUGCCCUCAAUGCGGUCAAUCAAGGUGUUACCUCGUUAGGGAUUAAAGCCACGAAUGGCAUAGUCCUUGCAACCGAGAAGAAGUCAUCAUCUCCUCUCAUCGACGCUCCCUCGUUAUCCAAGAUCUCUCUCAUCACCCCGAACAUCGGCAUGGUCUACAGCGGCAUGGGUCCAGACUACAGAGUAUUGGUCGACAAAGCUAGAAAAGUAUCCCACACCAACUACAAACGCAUCUACAAUGAAUACCCUCCCACGCGGAUAUUGGUUCAAGACGUGGCCCGAGUGAUGCAAGAAGCUACACAGUCAGGCGGUGUGAGACCAUACGGUGUGAGCUUGCUGGUGGCAGGUUGGGAUGACGGUAUUGAGCCGGAGACGAAAGCAGCCAAAGAAGGAGAGACGGAAGCCGAAGCAAAACUCGCCAGCAGAAAGACAGGUGGUAUUUUGAAGGGUGGACCGAGUCUGUACCAAGUCGACCCCAGCGGCAGUUACUUCCCGUGGAAGGCUACAGCCAUCGGCAAGAGUGCAACAAGUGCAAAGACGUUUUUGGAGAAGAGAUACAACGACUCUUUGGAGCUCGAGGACGCCAUCCACAUUGCACUUCUGACCCUCAAGGAAACCAUUGAAGGAGAAAUGAACGGCGACACGGUGGAAAUCGGUAUUGUCGGUGAACCUGCUGAUCAUUUGCUUGGAUUCGAAGGCGUCGAAGGAGCAGUGGGACCGCGAUUCCGCAAACUCUCAAAGGACGAGAUUGAAGAUUACCUGACGAACCUGUAAUAUGUGGGUCAGAGAGCCUUUCGAGUAUCUUAUCUUGAUCGUUCAAGUCUUGUAAACUACGAAUGCCGAAUUUCGUAUUCCUGGGCUUACGGUCUGCAUGGCUAACGGCGCAUUUGGGAAAGGGAGGGUGAAGCUAGUGAAAUAGGGAAAACAAGACAAGGCGCGAAAGAUAUUGUGAGCAGAAAUCAGGAGACAUUGUUCCACUGACUGUACGUACGGCUCUUAAGCCCUUCGAAACCUUGAUGCCGACAAGUUCAUAUGGCCAUGCUCUGACUUUCCCACUGGCUUGCAAACGCGCUGAACUCCCAACCGCCGACACCCCGGUGGCAAGACUCAUGUCCUUGAGAUGGUCCCAGGGAUAUACACUUGAUCAAAUUUGAGAUUCGUG